UCGGUUCUCACACUCUGAACCAGAAUUUCAUCCCCGCCUGGGACUCGGACUCAGUCCCUGUCACGGUGCUCAGAGUGGCUGGCCGCUCCAUUGCUCCGUCAUCAUCAUCUUUCCACUCAUCAUCAUCAUCAUCAUCAUCUCCAUUCUUGAAUUAUGAGGAUCCAUGGAGUCCAGCUGCUGAAAUCAUCAGACCUUGGCCGCCAUAGUCUGCUCUAUCUAAAGGAGAUUGGUCAUGGCUGGUUCGGCAAGGUUCUGCUGGGCGAGGUCAAUGCGGGCCUCAGCACCACCCAGGUGGUGGUAAAGGAGCUGAAGGCCAGUGCCAGUGUCCAGGAUCAGAUGCAGUUCCUGGAGGAGGUGCAGCCAUACCGAACCCUCCAGCACCCUGCCCUCCUGCAGUGCCUGGCACAAUGCUCAGAGGUCACUCCUUAUCUGCUGGUCAUGGAGUUUUGCCCUCUGGGUGAUCUGAAGAGCUACCUGCGCAGUUGUCGGGUGGCUGACUCGGAGACUCCUGACCCUUUGAUCCUCCAGCGAAUGGCGUGUGACGUUGCCUCAGGGCUCCUGCAACUCCACAAAUACAACUUUAUACACAGUGACCUGGCCUUGCGAAACUGCCUGCUAACUUCAGAAAUGUCAGUUAAGAUCGGAGACUAUGGCCUCUCCCACAGCCGAUACAAGGAUGACUAUUAUGUGACACAAGACCAGAUUUGGGUGCCCCUGCGCUGGAUUGCACCUGAGCUCAUAGACGAGGUCCACGGAAACCUGCUUAUCGUUGACCAAACAAAAUCCAGCAAUAUAUGGUCACUGGGGGUGACUGUGUGGGAGCUAUUUGAGCUGGGAAACCAGCCGUACAGACACUACUCUGACAGACAGGUGCUGACAUAUGCCGUGAAGGAACAGCAGCUCAAACUACCAAAGCCCCUGCUUCAAUUCCCCCUGGCUGAGCGCUGGUAUGAGGUGAUGCAGUUCUGCUGGCUGCAGCCAGAGCUGAGACCCAGCAGUGAGGAAGUCCACCUUCUGGUUACAUACUUGUGUGCCAAAGGCUCCAGUGAGGCCGAGGAAGACUUCGAACAACGUUGGAAUGCCUUGAGACCCAACCUGCUUGGCAGUACCUCCCACACAGCUACAUCCACAGCCCUAGUCCUGACCCCUACGCCCGCCUCAGCUGAUGUCCCUAGUCCAGACCAAACUCAGGCAGUGGAGCUGGCUUCCUCUGCCUCGUCCUCCUUCCCCCUGCUGGAGCACUUCUCCGACAGCUUCCACUCUGACACAGGGGACGACCUGCUUACCGUCACAGAGACCAGCCACGGUCUUAACUUUGAGUACAAGUGGGAGCAGGCCCGAGCUGAGCAGCCCUACUGCUCCUCCUCUACCAGCGGGCCGCUAGGCCAGGGCAAUCCAUAUUACCAGGAUAUCUACUACUCAAGUAAAGGAAGCACCUCAGGGGGAUGCAAGACUGACAGCCUGACCUCAGGCAUAUCUCCAUCCUACUAUGAACCAGAACACCCGGGUGUGGUCCCAGUGUUGAGUGCCCACAGCCCCUCAGUCAGCAGCGAGUACUACAUUCGCAUAGAGGAGCCAGUAGAGUGUAACAUUAACCUGGAUGACAGCGUGGUGGACUACAGCCCAGGACUGGAGGCCAGCGGCAGCAGGUUGUCGUCUGAGAGUCGGACUGGUUCGUCCAUGGCACAGCCCAGUGCUUACUGGUCAACUGACAACAAGUCUACUGCCUAUGACUCUGAUUCAAGCCCCACUGUCCAACUGACCAUGGAGCCACUGCUGAGACAGUCAUCCAGCACCAGCCCUGUGAAGCCAAGCCACUCACACAACUGCUUCUCAUCCAGUCAGGAUGACAUGCUCUACUGUGAACAGUCAUCAGCAUACAAGGCACGCCAAUCAUGUCUGUCUGAACUGGAUACAUCACCAGAGUCCAGAUCAAAUCUUGUCCAUCCAGUAGGGCGUUUAGAAAACCCACGCAGUUUGUCACAAGCAGUCAGCAGCCCUAGCUUAGGAUUCUGUGAUCCCUACCUUGAAGCGAGCACAGGUCGUAGCACCGUUAAUGAAAGCUGCCAUAAUAUGAUGGGUCCCCUCAGAAAGACAUUACCCAUUGUUAACCACAUUAGCAUUGAUGUAGGGACAGACGACGGCCUGCUGGUAGGCCAGCAGAGAGGCGAUGACAUUGAGGAUGACCUUUUCUCUGAGGGAGAAGCCACUAAUUGGACCUCAAACCAUUCAGCAAACAAUAAUAGCCUGAGCUUUGACAGCAGGCAGACAGGCAGUGGACAUGAUGGCUAUCUGGACCUUCAAUAUACUACUCACUCUAACACAACAGAUUUAUGGUCUUUAACCAAGGCCACCACAAGAACCUUCCACAGCUCUAGGUCUAGUGGCACCUUGGAGGCAGACGGAGGAGACUCUGGUUGUAAUGCUGCUAGCAAGCCCACUGAAUUAGGUUCAUACAUUCACUUGUGUCACAAAGAAAGGGAGGAUGCUGCUUCUCAAGUGGAAAGGAACUUAACUACUGAAAAUCUAAGAAGUACUGAUUCUCUUACCAGCUUAAGCACUAAUGCCAGAGGUACAGAGGGUGGAAAAAUGGAGGGGAAAUAUGAAAAGCAAUUGUUGCUUAAUGGAGAGAGACUGUUCUCUGAGCCUAAGAUGAUACCUGAGGCGAGCUAUAUAAAGUCCCCAUCCUCUUUCAAGGAACCUCAGACUGGUCAAACAGGAGGCUUGUCAGACAAGCAGCGAGGGAAUAUGUGGGAGGGGGUUUCAACAGGAAUCUCAGUUGGUCUGGGAGACAAGAGGAUAAACUAUUCAGAGACAUCAGAAAGUAGCAGAGCAUUGGACAGUGGAGUCGGGGUCAGAGACUCUAGCGUUAGCUUGGUUGAGCUUGGUGACUACAGUGAAGAUGACGAUGACGAUAUCACAGAUAUUACGUCAGGGAUCUUUGCCGACUUCAACCUGGACUUUGCUGAGGUAGAGGAGGAAGAGUUGAGCCCAUUGAAGCAUCCAGAGGGAACUCCUGACUCUGUAGAUACCCUUAAUCUGUCCUCAUCGAUGGCAAGCCCCUGUGAUCAGGCUUUCAGUCCUGAUCCCUUCAAUACCCCCGUCCUACCAAAAUCCCUGGACAGUGGCUAUGACACAGAGAACAAUGAAUCUCCAGAGUUUCUCUUCAAGGAGCUUGGAGAUCCCCGGGCUGGGGAGAGGAGCCCUAGGCUGGGUGGAGAACCUGAACUAGUUCUGCAGGUUGGUUUGGGCCAAGGUAUCUGCACUUCGACAAGCACAUCAGAGCUACAGUUAAAGGGCCUGACUGAUAAGAACCCAUACAGGGACUCAGCCUAUUUCUCUGACUAUGAUGCUGAAAAUGAGAGGAGUCCUCAAGAGGAAGGCAGUAAGUUCUUUUCAGGUCCAAAUAACCGCAGCUUUCUUGCUGAGAAAUUGAGCUCUUUCAGAGAUGACGAUCCUGUCAAAAUGCAAUUCAGCAACGAGGAACAUUUAACAAAUCUGAGACACGUCAAAAGUUGUGUUUUGGUGAAUCUCUCAGAGGCUGACCCUAGUUCACACCAUCCUCUUCCCACCCCUGGGUUGUCCAUGCUGUCACCGUUUCCUCCUCAGAUGGGCGGCUGCCUGACUAAAGAGUCUGCCCCUGCAAAUGAUGACGAUCUCGGGUUGGAGACCGAGCACUCAGGAGAGGACCCGUCCUCAGAGCUCAGCUCCUCUAUUGGGUCAGAAGCCUCUUCCACUGUCCAGGAGGCCUCAGGAAACCAUGAGGACGGAAACGGAGGAGCAGAAGAUUGUUCCCCUGUCCCAUCUUUGCAUUCUGACUCAACCAUAACUGACUACAGAGAUGAGGCUCCCAAAGAAAAUGAAAACAGUGAAGGAUCCACAGAGGAGGAGCUGCCUGAAUUCAAUCACAUCAAGGAGGAGACGGAGGAAAGAAGAGAGGGCGCGAGAAUAAACGAAGAGGACUUUGAGGACAUAGACGCAGAGGAAUGUGACUCACAGGACAGCCUGUGUGAAGAGUCCAACGGUCCUGUCGACCUGUCCUCUUCCUCGUCAUUGUUGGAGCUGUGCGGAGAGAACGUAAGAGCUCCGCUGGAGGAGGCGGAGGAUGAGGAUGACUCAGAUGACAGCGAGUCUGAUGAAGAGUUGAGGACCUACAACAUCCAAGAUGAAGACAGCGAGGAGAGUGAGGAGGAUUUCAGCUCAGUGCCAGUGGUGGUAAGCGACUGCAGCAGGGCCAGACACCUUCGCAGCCUUCUGAAGAUGCCCACGCUGCUCACCCAGUCCUUCUGCGACGAGUUGGAGAGGAAGAAAAAAGCGGUGUCCUUUUUUGAUGAUGUUACAGUGUUCCUUUUUGACCAGGAGAGCCCCACAGGAGAGCUGGCUGACUUCGCCUUCUCCACAGGAACAGAGUCCAGUGGGCAAGAAUCUCCAGAAGAAAAAAACCCUGACCACCAGCUGCAGCCUGACCCUGAACUUGAAGCUCAAUCCUGCGAAACAUUCUGUGUUUCUAAAGAAACAGAGGGGAACAACUCAGAAGAGGGUGGGUGUUAUGAAUGGGAAGAUGACCUCUCGUUCGAACCCCACCCGUCCUCACCUGACACCAUCCCUGAGCCCCAGUCCUCACCAACAUCCACCUCCAACAGUCCCGAGGCUCCUAAACCUGCAGCUGUAGCACUUAACCGUUUUAUGGUCUCACGAUUCUCUAUCACACAUGUCUCCGACCCCCACCUGGGCUCAGCAACAGGGAACAGUGAAGAUAACCCACAAGACUGAGUUCCCCACCGUGGACCUGACUGGAGGAGGAUGAGUCCUGGUCCUUCUCAACACAGAAAAGCAGCAUUAUUAUUAUAUCUAGAUGUUUUACAGAGUUUUAUUUUUAUCAACGUUUGGGUCAUCUGACCCUGGUGACCCUUUAUGAGACAGUGCCUCAUAUUGUAGUGAAAGACCCUCAAUGAUUUGCACCUUUUUUUAAUAUUAUUUUGUGAAGAAAGAAAUAGCUGCUGGUAAGGCAACCUGGAGAGUGAAUAUAAAAUCAGAUCAUAUUGUUUGCAGAGAUAGAAAUCAUCAGAAUAUUAGUUUAAAAUACAGUAUAUGACGAUCUUUGCUCAGUGCAGCAUUGGUUUUUGUUGUUGACCUCACAGUAGGGCUGCACAAUGAGGUAAAUAUGUGAUAACGUUGAAUAUUGCGAUGAAUAAACAGAUAUAAAACUGUGUUCAGCUCUUGACUUGGACUUGCACAGUACCUGUGCCACGUCGUCUCUCCUGUAUCCAAAUAUUGCCAGAUGGCUGAUGUGCUAUUUUUUUAGUUACUCUUCCGCAUUCGCACUUUGUCUGCACUCAGCUUGUCGCACUUUUCUCCAACCAUGUAGAAUGGUACGGCAGCACUGGUUCGAUAAACCUCAAGUGCAUGCGUACAAAUUCUGACCAAUCAGACAAUGCCUAAAGGCGAGGAUUGUCUGAUUGGCCAGAGAGUUAACAGCAUGGUGUGUAUCAGAAUAUGACCCAAAGACAGAAAGUCAUUUAAUACUUUGUUACUCUAUUCAAAGUGCAAUAUUGCAGUCUUUCAGGAUGUGUUCAUCACAGAAGUUGACAUUAUGAUGGGAAAAAAAGACGAUUCGUUGUGCAGCCCUACUUUACAGGUAAUUUAUUUUGUGAAUUUAAAAGAAAAUGGAUAAAAAAAAGAUGAAUAAAAAAAGCAUAGCUGCUCCCCUCAUUGGCUGCCUUGGUCCAUCUGCUAACCAUUGAUCUGGCAUUUUUAAAGACUGUUGCAGCUCUCAUUGCUGGAGCCAGAGAACAAUGCUCGACUAUAUUUGUGGUGGGUUUCCAAACACAAAAUCAGACUUUUUAUUUAACAGCCGUGGGUGGUGGUGAUGGUAUUUGAAGACGGAGGUGCUGAAACUUAUUUUGUCCCUUAAUCCAAGUCAUAUCCAAAUCAUAUUGGUGGUGGAUUCAGUGUGUUAAUAGAAACAUAAUAAAAGAAAUCAAGGUGUUGUCGCUCCCUAAUUGUCACCACCACUCACUCUGGUUUAUGAUGACCUACAGUAUAUUUCUACCAUAUCUGUCUGAAGCACUUUGUAUAGCCAAACUGGGUCUUUAUUUGUAGAAGUGAUGGCUCUGUUGCUCUUCAUCUCCCCAUCCUGGAAUGAAAUAGCUAAACAUGUGAGGUUCCUUGUUUGUGUCCACAGUGCCAGCUACAGGUUCACUUUAUUUUGUGGCAUUUUAGCUUUGUUUAUAUGACAUUUCAUCAGCAAUAGAGUGACACCAAAGGGAUGGAGCCGUGUUGCAACACAGCUGAGCGGUGUCAUGUCGGUAUGCCAGUCAUAAAUGUCGAAUGUCAUCUUUAUGCAUCUUUUCUACAUCUACGUAUUGUCCAUAGUCUCAUACAUGAUGCAUUUUAUUGCAUUUGUGCUGAAUGCCCAGGGUCUGAGGUGUACAAAAAAAGAGACAUUCAAAACUAUGACAUAUCUCACAUAUUGUAUGAAUGUUUUAUCAACAUGUAGCAGGUAGCUUGACUUGAAUUACUACUGCUGUACAGACAGCUGCCUCCCUGUCUCUAUCCUUCUGUAGCUCAAAGUGCCAAUUCAGUUUCCUCUCACCUUGCCUUUUAAGUUCUGCAAGAAGAGAAAACGUCGCUAGUAUUUUUGUACGAUUUGAAAAGAUGCAAUCCAGGAUGACGGUCUCUAAAAUUUGCCAAAGAGAUAUUACAAAGCCUAUUGGCUAAAGUGGCAGACACCUUUGGAGAAGGUGAGGUGGGUUGUUCUGUGCACCGGUAGUAACAUCAUUGCUGUUUCCAUCCCCCCCUCCUCACUCAUUGCUAUUGUACUAUCCCAAACAAAUAAAUCCAAAUACUUUUUUUUCCCUUCUUGUGUCUGUGAUGUAUUUAUCUGCGUCGAUGUGGAAGGAGUGCGUUUUCCUACAAAACAAGAACACAUGAAAACACGACACAACACGACACAUAAAAGAAUGACGUUUCUGCCCAUUUAGAUUUAUUGGACAAGAUAAUUUAUAUGCACUUUCUGUACAGUACAGAUAUAAUACAAACAGGGACAAGAGUGAGAAAUGGACACAAUGAAAGCUAUAUAAAAGUAAAAAAAAAAAAAAGCAUUUGAAACUCGCUGCCCAAAUGAGCUGUGUAAUAAAAGCCUGAUCAUGUUACUCAGUGUAAAGGACUCAUCCAUGGAAAAACUGACUUAUCACGAUGAUUUCUCGCAGUCGAAGAGGCAUUUUAGCUCAUUCACACAACCGUACACGUUAUUGCUUUUUCAUCACAUGCAGUUCCACUUCAAUUCCCACACAUCAUACCGUAGAUAAACGCCUCCGCUCUAAGCUCUUCUCCCCGAUGAGUGUCUAAUACUGAGAAUGAUCAAAAGCUAUGAUAAUACUGUACAUUAUCUGAUAAGCUACCACUCCCUCAAAGCUAAAGAUAUAUAUAUAUA